UAAAUUUCCAAUGUAUAUAUGUAUAUAUAUAUACUGAUUGAUUGGCAGAUAAACAAAGAUGCGGUCUUCGGUACGAAGAGUUUGAAUGAACGAAAGAAGAAAAAGUAAAAAAAAAACCGACUCGGCGGAAAACAAUAAUUAUUGAAAAAAAAAAUGAUAAUAAACAACAACAAUGACAAGAUGAAUCAGAUAAAAGUAAUAACUAUAAUUAUAAUGUUUUGUCUGUAGAAAUUCUUUGGAAACAAUUUCCCUUUCAUGACAAGGUAAAAAUAUAUUAAAUAACAACAAAAUAGAAUAAAUGGAAAACCACCGAACAUUACCAAGAUGAGAAAAAAUAAUGUAAAGAAGACCAAAAGACAGUUAAGUCAACCUUUAAUCGAAUAACUAAUUAAUAAUCGAAGAAAAAGGAAAAAAAGGAAAAGGUUCGACUACAAAUUGUCUUUUGGAGAACACCAGGAGUAUUUUUUUACUUGUUUAAAUAUUUAUUAUGGAUGAUUACGUAGGAGAACAGGCAAUUCGAACCAUGUUUCAUACGGAGCCUUAUCAAAGUACUUCACAAUGAGGAGGUGAAGAAAAAAACGGCUUGUAAUUGUAAUAGUCGUGAACCCAGAAAAGGGUCGUUACAGUUUUUUUUUCCUUUUUUUUUCGUGUUUUUUUUUUUUUACUUACAAGCCGGUUUUCGUUUGAAGCUGUUUAAAAGAUGAGGGAUUUAACAAUCGGAGAAGCCUUUCACAUAGAGCAGACAGACUGUGGUCUCUGGACUUAAAAAACCCGGAUGAAGAGAACAACCAGUUGGAUGCUGGUAGUGGCUCUCUUCGAAUGUACAAGCGGUCAGAUCGUGUUAUCAUCAACGUAAGCGGGCUAAGGUUCGAAACACAAACACGAACUCUUAGUCAGUUUCCGGAUACGCUGUUAGGUAACCCUAAGAAGCGGAACCGCUAUUACGACCCUUACCGCAAUGAAUAUUUCUUCGAUAGAAAUCGUCCCAGUUUUGAUGCCAUCCUGUAUUUCUACCACAGUGGAGGUCGUCUUCGAAGACCUUCUAAUGUUCCAUUGGAUAUAUUCCUGGAGGAGAUUAAGUUUUUCGAACUCGGCGAAGAGGUCAUUGAAAAAUACCGUGCAGAAGAGGGAUUUAUCAAAGAAGAAGAAAAACCUCUUCCCGAGAACGAAUUCCAGCGACGUGUGUGGCUACUGGUUGAGCAUCCAGAAAGUUCUACCCCUGCUCGUGUAAUCGCCAUAAUGUCUGUCAGCAUUAUUGUUAUAUCAAUCGUUACGUUUUGCUUAGAAACCUUACCGGAAUUCAAACGAUAUGAACUACUCAAUGAUACCAUUAUUGUAGAUGAUGCCAUGCCAAAAUUCGGCACGCCAUUUUUCAUCAUUGAAACCGGAUGCAUAAUAUGGUUUACUAUGGAAUUGUUAAUACGUUUCGCUUCCUGUCCUGUGAAAUUGGAUUUCUUUAAGGACAGUAUGAAUGCUAUAGAUAUCGUGUCGAUUAUACCUUACUUUAUUACUUUAGGGACUGUCAUUCAAAAUGAUACAAAUAGUCAAGACAAGCAAAACAUGUCACUGGCUAUUUUAAGGGUUAUCCGUCUUGUGAGAGUGUUCCGUAUCUUUAAACUGUCACGUCAUUCCAAAGGGCUUCAAAUCCUUGGUCAAACUUUGAAGGCCAGUUUACGAGAGUUAGGUUUACUGAUUUUCUUUCUUGUCAUUGGCGUUGUGUUGUUCUCCAGUGCGGUAUAUUUUGCCGAAGUGGACACCGAAGAGAGCCAUUUCAAAAGCAUUCCCGAUUCCUUUUGGUGGGCCGUCGUCACCAUGACAACCGUCGGUUAUGGUGACAUGUCGCCAAUAGGCGUGUAUGGUAAAUUAGUCGGAUCGCUCUGUGCUAUUGCUGGAGUGUUGACUAUUGCCCUGCCCGUUCCGGUCAUUGUGUCGAACUUUAAUUAUUUCUAUCACAGAGACACGGAAUCUACUGACGACAAAGAAAGGUACCACCAUGUAACGUCAGCGACGGGUUACUAUGAUGAAAAGAUAAGCUCUUAUACAUCGGAAGUUGAGUCUGAUAUAAUGGAGAUAGAUGAAGCAAGUAUGUACACGGAGAAAUGGAAAGAAGGGCAUAUUAGCAAUACGAAUAAUAUAGGGUUUAAUCAUAUCAAAAAUAAUCUAAGCAUGCAAACCGAUGUAUGAAAUAUGGAGUUUGCUGUUUAUAAGAAGAUAAAGAAGUAGAGGAUGAUGAUACUGAAGCAAAACAUGAAGAUGAACUAAAAUAGAAUCUUCUGAUGUCUGAAAGAAAGAAAAAAGAAAACUAUUUAGAAAAGAAAAACUAUUAUAUUAAGUUUAAGAAAAACUAUUUAUUAAUUAAAUGCAGUAACAUAAGGAAAACAGCCCUCAUUGUGAAUGACAAAAAUGAGUUAAAUUCAAUAAUUAAAUGGUGAUUAAAUAGAGGAAUCAAAGACAUAUUUGGAAAUUUAUUUACAGAAAACCUAAACCGAAACGAAAAUGAUUAAAAAAAAAAAUCAGUAGAACCACUUUUCAGGAGAACUUCUGUUGUUAUAGUUAUUACAAUUAUAAUAUAUCUUCCCUGUUGGUUCUGAUUGUGUGAAUCUUGCCAGAAGGAGUGACGUUGCCUUUCAUUCCUUCGGUGCGAUUCAAUGAAGAAUAAAAAACUGGAGCCGAUUCUAUUGACUAUAACCACCUCUUACAAGACAUUAUAUUGGCUUUUUGCCUAACAACAAAAUCGAUAUUAUUAAAAUUCUUCCUUCUUAAUGAUACCGAGAUCAAAUCCCGCCAGGGUCAACUUUGCCUUUCAUCCCUCAGGGGAUCGAUAAAUGAAGUACCAGUCAUACCAGUGGUACACUGGAGUUGUAAUCAACUUUACUCCCUUCCUACUACAGAAAUUGGCCUUGUGUGCCUACUCAAAACAGACUAUGAUUAUUAUUAUUAUAAUUAUUAUUAUUUGUAUGCCCAUUUUGCCUCCAGAGGUUAAUUUUGCCUUUCACCCCUCCAGAAGAAGGAGAAAUAGAAUUAGUACCAGUAAUAUACUGGAUUCAAUUUGGUCGACUUACCAUCUUUCUCCUUACAUCAAACUGGCCUUUUGCCUAAAACUAAAAAAAAAAUCAUUAUUAUUAUUAUUAUUACUAUUACUAUUAUUAAUUAUUCGACCAUGCUACCGGGGUCGAUUACUUUGCCUUCCAUCUUCCGGGGCUUUCGAUUAAAAACAUGUACCAGUAAUACACUUCAAUCAAUUAUAUCGCCGCUAUACUUAAACACUCUUUUAACCAAAAACAUUUAAAAAAUAAUAAAAAAAAUAAAUGCAAAAAAAAAAAAAACACAGAAGCAAAAUAAAAGAAAGAAAGAAAACUGGCCAUG